UUUUAUAGGGCCAGCAUGUCUGGACGUGGCAAGAAGUUUGCAAAGCCUGCAACUGCUUUCCGUGAAACCAAGUCUGCAAAAGCUGGCCUGCAGUUUCCAGUGGGCCGUAUCAAGCGGCUUCUGAAGCAGGGCAACUAUACCGAAAGGGUUGGUUCUGAAGCUGCCGUGUAUUUGGCAGCUGUGUUGGAAUAUUUGACUGCAGAGAUCCUGGAACUCGCAGGCAAUGCUGCCCAUGAAAACAAGAAACAGCGAAUUAAGCCGCGACAUAUCCAGCUAGCAGUGAGGAAUGAUGAAGAGCUGAACAAGUUGUUUAUGGGUGUGACGAUUGCUGAAGGGGGAGUUCUUCCUAAUAUCCAUCCUCUGCUUUGUCCUAAGAAAACAAAAGAUUCUGAUGCUUUCCAAGGAUAA